CUCUGUCUCUCUCUCUCUCUCUCUGCUUUGUCCUCUUCUUGAUCGGCUUUACUCUCUCCAGAACUGCUCACAUCUUCCUCUCAUUACUCUCCUUAACUAAAUCGUCACCUCCGUUGAAAAGCUUCGUUUGGACUCUUCUCCGCUGUCCUCCUCGGCUUGAUCCGCCCACCAAAUCCAUCUCCAGUCCUACCCAAUCCCCCCACUAAACCACCGACCAAAUCUCAAUCUCUCUCAUCGUCCGUCGCGCCUUCCCUCGCCUCACAUUCGCUCUUCGCCACCGUUUUACCUCCAGGAGCCGCCGAGAGCGCGGGAAUGCCGCGGCCGUCGGCCUCGGCCUUCGUCCUGCUCGUCGCCGUCGCAGCGCUGCUGGCCGGCGUCUCGGUGGCUGCGGAGGAGGAGGUCGUCACGUGCUCCGGCAUGGUUCCGAUGAGCGACCGCGUGGGCAGGAUCUCCAUUGCGGACUUCGGCGGCGUCGGCGACGGGCGGACGCUGAACACCAAGGCGUUCAGGGAGGCCGUGUACCGGAUUCGGCACCUGCACCGGCCCGGCGGCACGCUGCUCUACGUGCCUCCCGGGGUGUACUUGACGGAGAGCUUCAACCUCACGAGCCACAUGACGCUUUACUUGGCCAAAGGCGCUGUCAUCAAAGCCACUCAGGAUACCUCAAAUUGGCCACUAAUUGCGCCAUUGCCGUCUUAUGGAAGAGGCAGGGAGCGCCCUGGAGGAAGAUAUAUGAGCUUCAUUCAUGGAGAUGGCCUUCAAGACGUGAUAAUCACUGGUGAGAACGGGACAAUAGAUGGCCAAGGAGAUGUCUGGUGGAACAUGUGGAGGCAGAGAACUCUCAGUUUUACCAGACCAAAUCUUAUCGAACUGGUUAAUUCCAGAGACAUCAUAAUCUCCAAUGUGGUUUUCCAGAACUCUCCAUUUUGGAAUAUCCAUCCUGUUUAUUGUAGCAAUGUGGUUGUCCGUUAUGUGACCAUAUUAGCUCCAUUGGACUCUCCCAACACAGAUGGAAUCGAUCCAGAUUCAAGCUCAAAUGUCUGCAUAGAGGAUUCGUACAUUUCUGUUGGAGAUGAUCUUGUCUCGGUGAAAAGUGGGUGGGAUGAGUAUGGUAUUGCCUAUGGUCGCCCAAGCUCGAAUAUCACCAUCCGCAGAUUAACAGGAUCAUCCCCAUUCGGUGGUAUUGCAAUAGGAAGUGAAACCUCUGGUGGGGUAGAGAAUGUCCUGGCUGAAAACAUCAACUUGUACAAAGUGGGUGUUGGAAUCCAUGUAAAAACAAAUACUGGCAGAGGGGGUUUCAUAAGAAACAUAACCUUCUCCGAUGUAUACGUGGAGACCGCAAGAAAGGGGAUAAAGAUUUCAGGCGACGUUGGAGAUCAUCCUGACGACAAGUACGACCCAAAUGCUCUUCCGGUUGUGAAAGGCAUCUUGAUAAAGGGCGUGUGGGGAACAAAUGUUCAACAGGCGGGUCUUAUACGAGGCAUAAAGGACUCCCCUUUCACCGGUGUGUGCCUUUCUAAUAUCAACCUCCGUGGCAAGCCAGGGCCGAGAGAAGCUCCUUGGUUGUGCUCGGACGUGAGCGGGGCCGCUUUCAAGGUGAGCCCAUCCCCCUGUUCGGAGCUGACUAGUGUCUCCCAAAGUGUUUCGUGUGCUACCUACUCCUGAAAAUCUCGUAACUAGCUUGAUUUAAAUGAAGAAAAUUGUUCAGCAUGCUGAAUCAUUGUAAUCCUUUGUGCUUCCAAGCGCAUGCGUAGACUAAUGUUAUGACUAUAUUCUUUCAAAAUCUUUUCGUUAUCGGUUCGGCUUAUGUUGGAACUCGAGUCAUAGGCAAAACUGUCCGGCCUAACUCUGCUGUUACGAAAUAUAAAUGAUCAUCGAGGCGCACGAGUUUUU